AUGGCACCUUCUGAAGAAAUAGACGUCAUCAGUCAGCCAGCCAAUCAAGAACCACGAACCGCGGCGUAUGCAAAUACACCAACUACGCACAAAGCUUUCCCACGUGAUCAGCUGAACAUUAUCAAAGAGCUCGGACAUGGCGCCUUUGGUCAGGUGCUUCUAGCUGAAGCCUCGGGGAUGACACAGGGGUCAAAGGUCACACUGGUUGCUGUCAAGACACUCAAAGAUGGAGCCGGCCAGAGCGAUAAAGCCGACUUGAUAAGGGAGCUAGACCUGAUGAAGAAGUUACCAGACCAUUGUAAUGUAGUCAGGCUCCUUGGAUUUUGUGUAGAGGAAGAUCCGCCAUACAUCAUUGUAGAGUAUCAAUCUAGAGGCAAUCUGAAAGACUUGCUUGAAGACAGUCGUAGUAAGGGAAGGCGUGUCUAUGGCAACAGGCAUGGUCUCAGUAAUACCUCCAAGGAUCUGAUGAAGUUUGCCAAUGAUGUUGCUGAUGGAAUGGCCUUCAUCUCAUCUCAACGGUGCAUUCACAGGGACCUUGCUGCCCGUAACGUGCUUGUGGCUGAGGACAUGACGUGUAAGGUGUCUGAUUUUGGACUCGCUCGUGACGUCAUGGAUAUCCGAGUGUAUGAACGAAGAUCACAGGGUCCACUGCCCAUGCGCUGGAUGGCUCUUGAGUCUAUUUUGAAUGACGUGUACACAACAGAGAGUGACGUAUGGUCUUAUGGCGUACUGCUGUGGGAGAUUGUUACACUUGGUGCUCGUCCAUACCCCGCUAUGGCACCGAGUGAGAUGAUUGAUAAGCUUCAGUCUGGCUACCGUAUGCCCAAACCACAACACUGUCAGGAGGACUUGUGA